UUUGUGAUACAAACGUCACAACUAGAAGUGGAAUCGGUAGAGCUACUAGCUACAGAACAGUGAUCAAUUACGAGUUGAUGAGUGCUACAAAAAUGUGAUUAAUAAUUGAUAGUUUUGGAUAAAAGUGACAAUUUCAAGCAGACAAUCGAGUUUAACGGAUUCAUACCACUGUCUAAUGUUCUUUUUCAAUGAGGUGUAUGUCUCACCCGAGGGAUAGCGGUCAGCAGAACAAGCCGAAAGUUGAUUGUAUUUCUUCAUUUCUGUACUUAACGAGCUCAUCAAUACUGUCAUCGUCAUUUUCCCUAUCAAGAACAAACAAGACGGCACAGUGAGGAGUGAGGAUCACGGGAGAAAAUGAUUUUGUUUGCACAUAAUUUGCUUAAUCUGGCGCAACUCUAAAAUACAACAUUCGACAUCACUCACAGCUGGUUCGUUGAUCAAAUGUAGCUCGAAUUUAUGCGGAAAGGAGCAGUAAAUAUCAACGACGUAAGGGAAGCAAUUCCUCAGACGUAAUUUUGUACCCUUGAAGCUGGAUUGAGCGGAAUACGCAAAUUGAAAAGUUGCACAAAGCAACACGAACAUUUCAAUUUAGUCCAGUUUAUUCUAUUGAAAACACGAACGUGAUGUAUAAAAAUCGGAACGAACCAGGACGGUUCUUCGGCGAUGGAGUGAGCUUCAAGGCCAAACUGAUUGGCAUCCUGGAGGUCGGCGAGGCCAGAGGAGAUCGCAUGUGUCAGGAGGCGCUGCAGGAUCUUAAAAUGGCAAUUCGAGCUGCAGGAGAGCACAAACAGAGAAUCACGAUACACGUUACUAUCGAUGGAUUACGAUUGAGAGAUGAAAAAACGGGGGACUCUCUCUAUCAUCAUCCAGUACAUAAGAUAUCGUUUAUCGCUCAGGACAUGACGGACUCUCGUGCAUUUGGCUAUAUUUUUGGAUCUCCUGACAGUGGGCACCGCUUUUUCGGUAUCAAAACCGACAAAGCUGCCAGCCAAGUGGUGCUGGCUAUGCGUGACUUAUUUCAAGUCGUGUUCGAGUUGAAGAAGAAGGAAAUCGAACUGGCUCGGCAGCAUAUUCAAAGCAAAAUUACGGCACACGAACACCAAGCCGUUGCUAUGUCCGCAAAGAACACUGCUGCCGAUAGCUACGGCAAGAAUCUUUCCAUUGACGGUACUUCUGGGUCAGUAGCAGGAUCUAGUCUAAUCGGCGCUAGUUGCUCUAGAGCGAACGUGAAAAAUGAAAAAUCACCGGAAUCCGUAGCCGAUCUCGUGGAUUUAGAGCAAGAACUCAGCUCUAUCCAGCGCGGAAUUACUCAGAUGGAAAGGAUAACACCUGGCGAAGUCCCCUCAAAAAGUGUUAUUGAUGAUGACCCUUUCGGAGAUUCCUUCACCAACAUUCCACCGGCUUAUAACCUCUUACCGCCCCCUGAAUCAAGCAAGCGCCAUCAAAAAUUAACUCACAAAUCAACUGAAAAUAUUCCUGUUGCGGAGUCCGUUGCAGUAACCGCAUCAUCAUCCCCACCUAUUGCAGCAGCGCCAUCAACUCCGGUUGCACCAACUACUAUCUUCUCGCCCCCACCCGUUAGAGCAAUGCAAGGUCCCCCACCUGCUUCCAUGUCUACGAGUAAUUCUACCCAAAAUGACGACUGGCUCAAUUCACCACCUAAUACUUCACGUUUCGAUCCAGAUCCAGUGAAAUAUUCCGAUGAGCUAAACCUCAAAGAUCUAGACGACGGAUUCAAGCAGUCCCUGCCCAAUGCACCCCAACCUUCGUCAUACACAGAUGUAUUCACUGAUUUGGAUCCAUUAGGAACAGGAAAAAUAAAGCCAUAUAUCGAUAAGAAGUACUUUUUCCAAGAGCUAAAAAAUCCACCGAAAAAGGUUUUAAAAGAUCUUUCUGGCUUGGAUAGUACAUUCAACGCAAAUUUUUCUGCUGAAGACCAACAACGCCGAUCACCCCAAACUAUUCCGCCUAGCACAAAUUUGACGGAUUCUUGUAGCGAUGAAAUGUUCAAAUCUUCACAUGACACCAAAACAGGGGAGCAUUCUGGAACAGAACUCCUCGAUCCUUUUAGUAGUAAACCAAUUGAUCCAUUCAUGGAAGAUGACGAUUUUUCAAAACUUCACAUAGAUCCGUUUGAUAUGAAGUUUUCUCGAACGACGUCUCCGAAACAAUCGGAUGGUAGAGCAGUAAACGACAGGUCAUCAAAACUAUCUACACAUCCAGAUGAAGGAAAAUCUGUUGAGAGUCCAGUCGCAUAUAACGGUCCACUUCAAGUCACUCUUCCUCCAGAAAGCUGGGCUAGUUAUAUCAGCCAGAAACGUCUGGAACGACAGAACUCCGAUUCAAACACUUCUGCUGGAACAGGCAUUACAAGCACAGCUAGAAAUCGGCCAAACGUGUUCAAACAAAACACGGUAGAUGUGAUUUCGAGUAUCAGUUCAAAGAAAAUGAAGCCAAAUAUAUUUGGACAAAAAUUUUCAAAGCGAGACUCAAACAGUAUAAACAUGCGCCGAUUACAGGAAAGCGAUUCGUUGAGUGAAAACGAAGCUCCAGAGCCUCCUCCACGACCAGAUUCUGGAUCCCACAUUGAGCCACCUCCAUUGCCUCCAAAGAAACAAUUUGCUGACAUUGUGAUACGACCUACUCCUCGAUCUGGUCCAACGGUUUCUUCUAGCUCGCUAGGAUCAGACAGUUCUAGCAAAGAGCGCUAUGAAUUUACUGGUUCCAAAUUUGAGCUUAGAAAUCAAUCUGCCAAUGAAAACGCUCCUCCAUUGCCAUUGCCAUCAAGGAAAGUAAACAGGAAUGAAGGAUCUUCUCCUGGGCGUCCAUUCAAAAAAUUCAACGAUGAAGACGAUUAUCUUCAACCUAUUACUUCUAGAUCCGAGAUUCCGACGCUAUUACCUCCACCACAACGGAAAGAUGCUUCGAAAACCAGAGCGGCUCGUAAAUCAGAAACCGAUCCAAGAAACCUCGAUGAGCCUACACCUCCAGCUCAUUCCAAGUCUCCUACAUACAGAGAAAAAGUAUCUCUGCUUCCAGAUAUCACACUUAGUCAAUUAUUAACCCUUGGAAUCGAUGAUUUGGCUAACAAAUUGAACGUUCCGGUUACCAAACUAAGCACAAUGACCUUGGUUGAAUUAACGUCCUAUCUUUCGGAGUUCAUAGAGAACACCAAGAAUUCACCAUCCUCGGCAAUAUCGUGGAAUCAAGAUGCAGACAAUAAUGGUUCUCCGGUUUUCAAGGUGAGCUUUGAUGAGCAAAGUGACGCUACUUUUGUUGCUAAAUUUGAUGACAAUUUUGGAGAAGACAGCACUUUCGUGGCCAACUUUGACAAUCUCAAUUUGCAACCGUCACAUCCCACAACACGUUUACCAGCCGGAAACUUAAUUGAUAAAUAUGCUGUAUUCCGAGAAAUCAUUGAAAAGGAAAUUGGUCCAUCUCAGGAACAACAAAAGACUGAAUUGGAAAAAGCUGGUCAGGAUAUGGAUUCAUUAGAUUUCGACAAAGAGGUCGCCAGCGAAAUGAAUCGGCUUUCGCCGAGAAAUGAACCAUUGGACCAAUUUUUGCCAUCACCAUCUCAGUCGCAAACAUUUACUGCUAAUAGUCCUCUAUCAGUACCGAUGACCAAGAUUGACACCAAGAUUACUGAAGUCAUUUCACACGCCAAAGAUCGAUACGCAGCUUUGCGAGAUAUUAUACUUGUAGAGGACCUUUUCGAGAAACCAUCGCCGCCCCCAUCUGCACCAACUGCACCAAUAGCACGUAUGGAGUCAUCAUCGUUUGAAGAUCGAGACACGGAAGACGAACACAAAUUUGAAGCCAACUUUGAUGAUAUGCCGCAAAAUGAAAAUCAUUCCCCGAAGAUCAACGUUUCCGAUGCAGAAUUUCCGUCGCAACAAACCCGAUCAUCUUUAACAGGUCUUGAGCCUCCGGAGUCUCACAGUUCCCGAAACACACCCAAAGAAGAUCUGGAAAUUGACGCGUUUAUGCAGAAAGCAGUAUCAAAUUUAUCCCUUCACAGUACUGGGCAAACAUCACCGGCUCAACAAAUGAGUGGUGGUCUUGUAGUGAGAUCACCUUAUCCUCAAGGUAGUCAAGCAACAUCCCAAGGUCGACCGACGAUAUCAAAAUCACCCUUAGCUACUGAAAAUAGUACAGUUUCAAGUCUUCAGCCCCAAAAUAUUUCAGUGGAAAGUCUUACAAAGGCAACGUUAAACGACAUGAGCACCUCACCGAUUCCGCUAUCAAAAUCUCCAGUUACUAGAAGUCCUGUAAUGAAAACAUCAUCAAUCACUAAGUCACCACUCGAGGGGACAUUCAACGAUGCAAUUGUAGAGGGGGAAGUUAUGAAGAAGGUCGAUUCUUUGCAGAAGCGAUCCUCCGGUUCACUCAGUGACCUGGGCGAAUCCUCACCAGAAGCCGACCAUAACCAAGCUUCAAAACUAACCCCGACCAACACCGGUGAAUCUUGGGCAGUGUUUGAUCAGUCGAUACCUCCUUCAGCGCAGAAAAAACCGGAAAGUGGCCGUCCACCUAAAGGACAUGACAAAAAUGGUCCCGAAUCGCCCUGUUCGUCUGAUCCAAAAGAUGAAUGGAGAACUGAACGGGACUAUGGUCGACGUUGGCCCAGUAAGGGGCAAACAUCAUCUUCAUCGAGAGACGUUUCACCCUGGGAUGAAGAUGGUCCAGAGUUUCGCAAACGACAUCCAAGCCAUCAUCCUCCUACAUCAGGCGAACGGUAUCACCAUCCAAGGAUGCCACCAAGGUGUAUUAAUUCGAAUGAUGAAGAUUAUGAUGACGAGAAAAAAGAUCGCAGUGAUCGAAGACGGCGUAUGAAAGGUCAAAUCAGUUCGCGCAGCCGUGAGAACUUUGAAGACGAGCACUGGUAUCAUGAACAUCCCAGUUGGUCACCAACGGAGGAUGAUGAUAGACCAGAUCGAUCAAGGUCCUUCGACAGAAACGUUUACGAGCGCAGCACCUAUGGACCACCAUAUGAAAAACGUGAACCGAAAAGCUUACCACCGUAUGAUAGACGGGAUUAUAAGAACUAUGACAAGAGGAAGUACUAUAGGGAGAGAGGUAGACCUAACUAUGAGUAUGAUCCAUACAGCGACGGGUAUGAUCAGCGUAUGAUGAAAGGUAGAAUGAAUUAUGACGAAGUGUACGAACGGGCACCGCGUGAUACAAGGGUUGCUAGAGACUACUUCUACGAACGAGAACAGAAAAGUUUUGAUCGCGAUAGUAACGAAUCUUAUGAACGAAGAAGCUUUGGUAGCGGAGAUAUCUACGGUAGUUUGGAUAGUCGUGGAGAUUAUCGCGAAAGAGAUCGCUACUUGUCGUUGGAUAAAUCUCGAUCGUUAAGGCGUGGUAAGAGGAAUGCGGGUAGUGCGAGGUUAGAUGAUCUUGAUCAGGAUUCAGAGGGGGAUUUAAUUGGCAUAAGACGAAAUGAAACCAGUAGUAUACAUCGCUCUAGUCAAAAUAUUCGUGGUAAGCAACAGCAAAUUGUUGACGAUGAAGUUUGGGGGGUUUCAAUGGGUGCCAAACCAGGCUGGAAGAGACCGUCAAGUGCUACCGAACAGGAACGACGGUAUAAUGAAAGCAGGAGAAUGAUGAUGAACACAUCCCUCGCCGGAUCGGAUGGAGAGAAAGAUCGUCGUUUCCGUAAGAAGAGUAGAACUCGGUCUAAAGAACCAGAUGUACGGCCGGGCUAUGCGACUAUGCGUUAUCCACCACGGUCUAAAGAAGACUAUUUCGAUUUUGAACCUGACGUACGAGGAACUGGUAGUGGCGGGGCAAUGUACGACAAUGAUGAUGAGGAGGAGGAUAUAGGUGGCACUAAAAUGGUUGGAGGGGACAUGAACGAGAGUCCUUCGUAUUAUGGCAGACGACAACCACCACCACCGCAUUACAAACCGGCAACUCCCCGUUCGGAGGGAAGAAAUAUCGGAGAUUCGCUAAUAGCACACGAGGCUAAGAAAAUGGCUCGCUACGAAUACGAGGAAGAGACAAUGCGACGAAUGAAAAAGAGUAACAGUAGAGAUCUAUACUUUGAAGCAGAAGAUAAGGAACGUUAUGCAGGUAAAUUUGGUUCGGGUAAUUUUGAAACGGUAACCCCGCCUAAAAGUGGCAAACAUGUUAGAAUGGAAUUUGAGUUUGAUCAGUUCAGUGACACGCAUCCGACGAAUUUCGAAGGAGGAGACGGGUUUGAGAGUGAUUUCAACUCUCCCACAGCCCCUUCUUCGGGCCCAACUCAAACUCCUCAUCAGGGUAACAAAUCAUUCCGAUUUUCGAGUGAUUUCUCGGAGAAAGAUUCCAGCCGACAUUAUCAAAAUCUACACCAUCGAAAUCAACCCCAAGGAUUUAGUGGCUUCGAAGCAGAUUUUGCAGCACCAUCACGAGCAGCUCCAAGUUCUCAGACUGCUUCGAAGCUACGAUUUAGUGAGAACGUUACCGUUUCCAAGUUUAACUCGGAAACUGGCACAGCGGGAACGCACAUGUUCGAGGAUGAUUUCGCGGGUCGUUCCGAUAAUGAGAUGGAAGAUCAAUGGACACCUGAUAUGCAUGCUCCGGUGACCAAUAUGAAUGGGAGCAAAAAAAUUCUGAAAACUUCCAGCCAAUCACAACCUCAACAGCAAGAUAACAUUCGGAAAUCGGACAGUGUGAACAUAUUUGCGAAAAAGGUCGAGGAUCCAUUCGAGGAUGAUGAUUUCUUCGCCUCGGGCAGUGCCGGAGAAAAGGACCCAUUCGAGGGAACGGUACAGAAUCGUGCCGGAACGGGCGGUCAGUCUGAACCCGCCGGAGGUCAGUCUGGGUGGGACAAGAACUUUGCAAACUUUGAUGACAACAUCUGAUUACUCGGUAGCCUGAUGAUGAACAGUAACAUACUCAGUCGUCAGCUCAACCGCAGUCUCAGCCAGCGUCAGCAAUAUCAAUACUGUUGCCAAAGCGAACAACAGCGAUACUCGCUUGCGAAGGAUAUUAGAAAGCUUUACAUGCGUAUCAAACAUUUCAAUAGGUACGAGGUAUUUGUUUAGGCUUAAUGGUUUGUUCACUUUAGCAAUGAUAGCCGACUGAUUUAGAGAUCCUUUACUGUUAGAUUUAUUGCUUGGUGGAAAAUAAUCUAGUUGUAUCAUCAUUUCUGGUGCAAUCCGUACCAGCCAUCAUCUUAUUUCAUCUGGCAUGCUGAUCGGCAUUUGAAUGAAUAGCUAUACCGGUUAUACAACGAUAUCUGUAAAGAUAUUGAUAGGAAUAUAUGUAAGCCAUGAAAUCGGUUUCUUGGACACAGCAGUUUUUUUGGAAACAGUAGUUUGCUUUUCCGAAAUAAUGCAUUGUAAAAUUUAUCGUGUUUUUUACGAAUGCUCGCAGAAAUAAUUUUUUUUUUUAAUGCACAUUCAACAUACAGUCUCGAUAAUUAUCUUCAAAAUACGCAUCAGUAUAAUGGAAAAGUAUUCAGUAUAAGCUAAAAUAUUAUAGUAUUACUGCUCACCGUUGAACAUUUUUCUUGUCGAUAUAUUUAUGCAAUAUAACCAAUUUGAUUAUUACUCAGACUUUUGCUGUGGGUUUGAAGGGAAAUACUGACGCAGAUGAAAUGGACAUAAACAGACUGAACCUUAUUCAUCAGAUCAUCAUAUUUACUUUCGGUUGAUAAAAUCCAAUUGUAUCUCAUUAGUGUUACUUUAAGGUGGAGUUUAACUCUACUUCAGUAACAUAAUUUCGUCAUCGCGCAUUAUUCAUAAUUGUGAUGUAUAAGUUGUAAAUUUUAUCAAAAUACAUGUGUCAAACGUGGCGAUUUAUUCCAUUUCGUUCAUUUAGCGAUCAUCAAACAAUUGCGCAAAGAUUACGAUCAACAGAAUGUUUCAUUCUUGUUAUAAUUGGCUGACAUAUAAUCUAAGACAAGUGAAGUAAAACAUUAGGAAAUGCAAACAAAAUACUUCACUGUAAAUUCGACCUUGCAGGGCUGAAUUAUUCCGGUUUAAGCUAACUAAUGCCUGGUGGUCUGAACCAUAUUCGGGACAGUUUAGUAUGGUCAGUGAGAGAAGUUUUUCAGAUUCGACUAUCGUACUCUAAGCCAGGAACAAAUUGAAUCAUGCCACCUGUAAUAAGUGAAAUCAUUGAAUUGGAAUCUCUUGUGAUAAAUUUCAAAUCUUAUGACACUAUAAGAUGUUUUUUCGAAGAAAAUCUCUAGUCAUUUUUAUUCAAUCCAUAUGAGUUAACACGAUAGAUUUUCUCUAGCUAUUUGGUUGUCUAGCGGUUGUCAGCAUAAAAUAUCUAUACUCAACUAACCCACAAAUGUCUGUUCAGGUUGUGUUAUAACAAAACGCAAAUAUAAUAAUUUAGCAUUAACGCUCCCUAUCAAAUACACUGCACGGAACACUAAAAAAAGCACUAUUAAUUGUUUACCGAAACCUAGAAAACAUUUUAUCAUAAAAAAAUGAACAGCUGAAAUUCAAAUCGUAUCAUACUCAUCAAAUAUCAUAACAUUCUAUGCGAAUCGCUGCCACUGGCCUGGACAAAAACAUAAUGCAACCGAAAUCAGUAGUCAGAAUGAAGAAAAUAGAAAAUUAACCGAAACACCACAGGCGAAACAAUUGAUUCGUUGUCAGUUUUGUUACAAUCAAUUGAGCGGUGUUUUUAUAGCUAGAAAAAUAUUUUAAGUUAGAAAUCGAUUAUGCAAUGCUUUAAUCAGAUCACUGGAAAAAAAAUUAAGCGGUGUUUAUUUUCAUGAAAGAACCAACAAAUGUAGAUGUAAACGAUAAUACUCCUAAUUUGAUAUCCAACAUCCAAAAUUUGUUUAAUUUUCUUUUGCAAGGAACUUUUUCGUGACUUCGAUUGAACAGAAGUAAGCUAAUAAAACCCGAGAAGUCAAUGAUAGUUCCUACCAAGUCAGCACAUAACGUUUACAGGCAACGAGGAAAGAUAAACUAAUAUGAAAGGAAACAAAUUCCCAUGCAAUUACUAUACACAAUGUCGUCUUUCGUUUAUUCUUCAUUUUGAAAUUUCGACUAAUUGCAGCUGAUGAUUAAUCAAGCAAAUCGAGAUUCUUCUUCAUUUCAAAAUCAACAACGUAUUCAAAAUUUAGUUAUUUUUUCAAAAUAAAAAUUAUUUAGACUAUCAAAAUGACUUUUCCGAUCCAAGCUGUUUGCCAAUGUGUUGAUAUUCUAGCACUGUGUGAAAAAGACGAAAAUCAGAAACAUUGAACAUUUUUAAACACACUUUACAAACGUUAUGUACAAUUGCUUUGUAUAUUUUUGUAAAAUAUUUAUUGAAUUAUAUGUUAAUGAUAAAAUGUAAAAUCAUAUGAUUGUAAUUACGAAAUUAUUACAGAACAAAAUCCAAAUAAUAUUAAAAAAUCUAAUGCUGCAAUUCGUGUAGAUGUUCAAUAACAGAAUAAGCAUAAGUCAGUUACAAUUAUUGAUAUAAACAAAUAAAGGUGAACUUACGAAGAGAGACAACAUUUCGUAAUACAAACCUAAUGUUGAGUUGAGAUUAACCUAAUGCGAAUAAAAAGUAUGUGAAAUUUCAAUCCUUAUCAA